CCGCCUCCAUGGUGGUGCGCUGUCCAGCAUUUCAGCAAUCGGCGGCGGCGGCGGCGCCCGCGGGGAGACCGAGGACGCGGGGCCGUGGCAGCCGCGGAGCUGCCCUGGUGAGCCGAGCCGAGGAGGCGACCCGGAGUCGGCCAGGACAAGCGGGGCCAAAACGCCUGGCUCGAACGCCCGGCGGAGCGCGGCGGUCAGCGGGGAGGGCGGAGACCAGCGGCUCCGAGGCCAGCCGCUAUGUCCUCCACCGUUAACAACGGGGCGGCCAGCAUGCCGUCCCCGCCCGACGCUGCAAACGGCUUCCCGCAGCCCGGCGCCUCCUCCGGGACCUGGCCGCGAGCGGAAGAGGAGCUGCGCGCCGCCGAGCCUGGCCUGGUGAAGCGCGGGCACCGCGAGAUCCUGGACCAUGAGUACUCUGAAGAGGAGACGCGGCAGAAGGUCAGGACUUUCCGGCAGAUGCUGAUGGAGAAGGAGGGAAUGCUCACCAGGGAGGACCGGCCUGGAGGCCACAUCGUGGCGGAGACCCCGCGGCUGCCCGAGGGCGCCGAGCCGGGCCUGGAGUACGCGCCCUUUGACGAGGACGACAGCCCGGUGGACUGCGACUGCCCGGCCGCCUGCUACCGCGGGCACCGGGGAUACAGGACCAAGCACUGGUCCAGCAGCUCGGCAUCGCCCCCUCCCAAGAAGAAGAAGAAAAAGAAAGGUGGCCACCGGAGGAGCCGCAAAAAGAGAAGACUAGACUCAGAGUGCAGUUGUGGGAGCUCCUCGCCCCUGCGAAAGAAGAAAAAGAGUGUGAAGAAGCACCGCAGAGACAGGUCUGAUUCUGGGUCCAGGAGGAAGAGACGGCACAGAUCACGAAGCUCCAAGAGCAAAAGAAAAGAGAAGAACAAAGAGAGGAAGAGGCCACAUGUCACCGAGUCCCCAGGCCGGAGGUCCCAUCACCACAGCAGCGGCAGCUCCCACAGCCCCUCACUCACCUCCCAGGACAGUGAUUCCAGAUCACCCAGCAGGCUGAGCCCCAAGCACAGAGACGACCGGCGGAAGACGGGCAGCCAGCGGUCCAGCGGGAGCCGGUCGCCUUCCCCGUCGGGAGGCAGCGGAUGGGGAUCGCCCCAGCAGAACGGCGGCAACAGGCAGCGGAGCGGAGCGCACGGGGGCCGUCCAGGUUCGGCGCACAGCCUGCCCAAUAAGCCCAGCUCGCCCUCGCCCAGGGCCGGCGACCAGGCGGAGGCCGGCGCAGCCACGCCGCCCGCGCGGGAGAAGGAGAGCCCGAGCCCGCGCUCGGCGCCGUCGUCGCAGGGCAGAGGAGGCCGCGCGGCGGGCGGGCCGGCCAGAUUAGCUGAGCCCCUGUCGCCGUGCCCCUCCUUCAGAGCCAAGGAGCGGCCCCCGCGCGCCCGGCCGGCCAGCACCUCCCCGUCCCCGGGCGAGCAUGGCCGGCACGGCGGCCCGGAGGGGAAGAGCUCGUCGCGUAGCCCGGGCCCCCACCCGCGCUCUUGGAGCUCCAGCCGCUCGCCCACCAAAUCCCGCUCGCGCUCCGCGGAGAAGAGGGCCCGCAGCCCCAGCCGCUCGCCGUCGCCCAAGAAACCCGUGGGCCGGGACAAGGACGUCGAGGGCCGCGCGAGGCACGCCGAGGCCGAGGCCGUCCGCGCCCGGCGCCGCUCCCGCAGCUACUCGCCCAUCCGCAAACGACGCCGGGACUCGCCCAGCUUCAUGGAGCCCCGGCGCAUCACCAGUGCCCGAAAACGGCCCAUCCCCUACUACCGGCCCAGUCCCUCCUCCUCCUCCAGCUGCCUCAGCAGCGACUACUCAAGCCGGAGCCCCAGCCGCAGCCCCAGCCCUGGCCACAGCCAUGGAAGCUACAGCAGCCGCAGCCGUGGGACCCGCAGCCGCACGUGCAGCCCCUCCCGGACCCCUAGUCCCAGCUACCACAGCCGGAGCAGUUCAGAAAGUGGGGGCUUCUGAGCCCAGACAGACGCAGCUCAGUGCCCCCUGACACAGGGAGAGGCGAGGGGUCAGGCCCCAGGACUCAUGGGGGGCCCUACACCCCACUGCUACAAAGAGGUCCCAGGGCCAGGGAAGACCUUGGGGUUGGGCAUCCUGCAGACAAGGACGAGCUGGGUUCUGCUGCUUCUAAAGGGUUCCCACCCCCACCUCCUGCCAGCCCACUGUGUCCAGGGAACAAAGAGCUUUUUCGAACACAGGGAUCACCCUCCCCCGCUUCCUGCUUGAUGCCAGCUCACUAGGCUGGGGACCUCAGCUCAGUGGACCCAGAAACACCUCGGAAGGUGCCAGUCCUGAGAGCCUCCCCUACCCACUCUGCUGGACCCUUGGUUCUUCUCUAUCACUGGGCGGACAAAGAGGUGGAACAGCAAGCGGGAUCUAAGUUAAACUGAAGGAAGAAUGGCCUAACUCUUGGUGCACCACCAUCCAGGCUACGGAGCUACUUCCUUCUGAGCUGGCUGCAGGAGGACCGUGGCUGAGGACUGGAGGCUGGCCCCCCGCAGCCUUCCUAAAUCCCUCCCCUGGCCCAGGAGUGCCAGACCAGGUGGGCCACUAAGCCCCAGCCUCAGGGCUGGGGAGCUCACUUUUGAUCCCACCUCUUCUCUCCAGGCCAGGCUAUCCCUUCCAGCCCUCACCCCAUGUCCUAGGCCAAGACCACACCAGCCAGGCCUUCUGUAUGACAAAAGGUGGGACAUACAGGCUACAACUGCAUCUGACCCUGAGAUUAAAAGGGGUUCAGGUCAGGAGGUAGAAGAGAGUAGGGGUGGAUGAAGGAGGAGCCUGUGACAAAAGGGAGAAGCAAUGCAGCCUGCUGCUCUAGCAGGCCCUGGUGUCCCCAUGUGCCCCUUGUCUGGGACAUGGACCAGACGGCAGCACAGGGUCACAGGCAUAGAUAACAUGUGCUUCAGGCCUACCCAAGGGAGCACUUCCUCCUCAGGGUUUGGUGGGGAGAUGGCCAGCCAAGGCUCUCCAGAGAAGGGUGCUACAGCCCCUGGAAGAAAGGGUAUGAUCUAGUCUGAGGGCCUUGGCCUGGGGCAUCGAUAGGAAACAGUGGCCCCCAGCCCUCUUCUGCUGCUCCCAGCCCCCUCCUCCUGGGGCCCUCAGGGAUCUCACGAAGUCUUCCUUGGCCCAAUAGGGCAGAUGCCCUGGGCUCUGGUGGGGGGAGGGGUCUGGGGUCUGGUCCGGGUUCCCCCUCUCUCUAUUUCUCCCUCCCUCUCUCCGCAGUGCGGGUAAAACUUGGACUCUAAUAAAACACUCGGUGCCCGGAUGGCAGGUGGUGAAA